GAUAAGUGAUAAAAGUCACCGCACAUGAAGUGAUAAUCUAUGAAUCAGUGACACGAAGGCAGAUUGCUCUGCGCUAUUCAUUCAUGCAGCUGUCUUGAAUUAGCCAAUCAGAAAGGAGUGUUCACUGUCGCUGGGCAGAAUGGCUCUUCCACAAAACUUUACACAAAACUACCAAGAGUUGGACCUGGAUCACUAAUUAAUAUUACUAGAUAACCUUAUACACUAGUGUUUAGUUACUCUUUAAUGUGCACAUUUUACUCGUUUGGAUAUUUUUUUAUAUUUCUGCUUGGACCUGAUUGACAAUUUUCAAUCCAGGUUUUUCACAGGAUGUAUGAAAUUAAAGUGGGCCGUGAACUUUAAUAUCAUUACCAUUAUCUACACAAUUAUCACUCCAGCUGAGACCUAACUGCCCCUCCCACAACUGCAUUAUACUGUAUAAAUUAGCUGUGUCCUGAAAUAUGGUAUUCAUUUGCAUGUGAUCAGACGGACAGCUGCUCUUGUAUAUUCAGUAUAGCAGUAUGACAUUGUGGACUGCAAAGCUUCUCAUGUUGCUUUCUUUCUUUCGGAGCACACCUGGCUCACCUGCUGCCCAGGAUAUCUGUGUUUUCUUGGGGGAAGAGGAGCAGAACAGGCUGUAUGAAGAUGGUGAUGUAGUUAUAGGGGGUUUGUUUCCUUUACACUACAGACCAGUGUCUUCUCUUCCAACUUACAAUACCAAACCAACUCCUAUUACAUACAAGUUUUUUAUCUCUCGUGCCUUGCGCUGGAUUCAGACCAUGAUUUUUGCAAUCAAAGAGAUCAACCAGCACAGUGACUUCCUGCCAGAGCUUAAACUGGGCUUCCACAUUCGUGACAGCUCCGACGACAUUCCUGUAGCCCUGCGAGAAUCAUUGCUGCUGGUGAAUGGACAGCCAGAGAGAGGCUCCAGUGCUGGCAGUGAGAGUCGAGACAAAGGUGUAGAAAGGAACAUAAAUGAGUCAAAAUUAAGCUGUGCUGCUGUACAAAGGAGUGUGUCACCAGUUAUCAUUGGAGGGGCUGCCUCAGGGGUUUCUAUGGCUCUGCUAAGAAGCCUGGGUUCUUUCCAUAUACCACUGGUGAGCUAUUUUGCAUCCUGCAGCUGUCUCAGUAACCAACAGGAUUUCCCCACUUUCAUGCGCACGAUGCCAAGUGACGCUUUCCAGGUCAGAGCCUUGGCCAGUCUGGUUAGCUAUUUUGGUUGGACCUGGGUGGGAGUCAUUGGUGUAGAAUCUGACUACGCUCGCUUUGCCAUUCAACACUUCCUCCAAGAGUCCGUGCAGUUUGGAGUGUGUGUUGCCUACACACAUUUCUACCCUGUAAAUCCCAGUCGCCAGGCUCUAGAUGAGCUUGUUGAUGUUAUUCAGAUGGCAUCCUCAAAGGUCAUCAUUAACUUUUGCAGUGAGUCAGAGAUGCAGGUCAUUCUAAGAGAGAUCAGACGUCGGAAUAUAACCGACCUGCAGUGGAUUGCCAGUGAAGCCUGGGCUACGGCCACUUUGCUCUGGGAAAACUUUGGAGAUCUCCUGAAGGGAACACUGGGAUUUGCCAUCCAGAGAGUUGAUGUGAUUCCAGGCCUGAAGCAGCAUCUUCUCAGCCUCAAACCCUCCACUGUUCAUACAUCUGCUUUUUUGGCAGAAUUUUGGGAGGAGCUGUUUAACUGUCGGCUCAAUGGGUCAGUGAACAGCCACUCUCACAUGGUCAACUAUCAUGACAGACUGCCAUGUAAAGGCACAGAGAAUUUGGAGGAUGUUUACUCUUCUUAUUCUGAUGUGACACAGUUACGAGUGUCCUAUAAUGUCUACAAGGCUGUGUAUCUGGUGGCCCACGCCUUGCAAGAUAUGAGUCACUGCAUAGUUGGAAAGGGCCCUUUCCUUAAUGGCACCUGUGCAGACCCUAAAAACUUUAACCCUGAGCAUCUCGUCCAUUACAUGAAACGUGCUAAUUUUUCUGUCCUGGGGACCAAAGUAUCUUUUGAUCAGAAUGGUGAUCCAAUUGCUUAUUAUGAUCUUUUGAACUGGCAGAGGAAUCCAGAUGGCUCACUACAUUUGGUUAAAGUAGGUUUUUAUGAUGCAGCGUCACCUGCUGGAUCCAGCGUGGUCAUAAACGACUCACUGAUUCAGUGGCCUUUUGGGAAGCAGGCCUCCCGAUCUGUAUGCAGUGAUAGCUGUCCACCCGGUUCCCGCAUUGCCAGGAGAAAGGGAGAACCUGUCUGCUGUUUCGACUGUGUCCCCUGUGCUGAGGGAGAAGUCAGUAAUAAGAGUGAUUCUUUAGAGUGUUCCCGCUGUUCAAAGUACACAUGGCCCAACAAAGCCAGACACCACUGCAUCCCAAAGACUAUUGAGUUUCUGUCAUUCCAUGAGUUAAUGGGUACAGUGCUGUGUGUUGUGUCUAUCCUCGGAGCUUGUAUAACCCUCUCCAUCAUCACCAUUUUCUUUGCAUAUAAAAAAACACCAAUGGUACGAGCCAACAACAUGGAGCUGAGCUUCCUCCUGCUGGUGUUUCUUGCCAUCUGUUUCCUCGUUGGCUUGUUGUUCAUUGGUGAGCCCUCAGACUGGCUUUGUCGUAUCAGGUACCCCGCAUUUGGGAUCAGUUUUGCCCUCUGCAUUUCAUGCCUCCUGGCAAAGACACUGGUGGUCCUGAUGGCUUUCAGGUCCACAUUGCCAGGAAGUAAUGUCAUGAAGUGGUUUGGACCAUGCCAGCAGAGAUCCAGUGUGCUUUUAGGAACAACUGUACAGGUAAUAAUAUGUCUUAUCUGGCUGCUCACUAACCCACCACAUGCCAACAGCAACACAGGUUACCAUAGUGCGACAAUCAUCAUUGAAUGUGUUGCUGGCUCAGAUGUUGGCUUCUGGUGUGUUCUAGGAUACAUCGGUAUCUUGGCCUGCAUGUGCUUGCUAAUGGCUUUUCUGGCUCGAAAGCUCCCUGAUAAUUUUAACGAGGCAAAGCUCAUCACCUUCAGCAUGUUGAUAUUCUUUGCGGUGUGGAUUACUUUUAUCCCAGUCUAUGUGAGCACAGCUGGAAAGUACACAGUGGCUGUCCAUAUUUUUGCCAUUUUAGCUUCAGCAUUUGGACUUCUGUUUUGUAUUUUUGUUCCAAAGUGCUAUGUCAUUAUUCUGAAACCAGACAAAAACAGCAAAAGAAACAUGAUACAAAGGUGA